AAAAGCUGUUGAAAAUCAAACUGCAAAAUAAGUGAACUAAUAAUUUAGGUUUAAAAAUUGCAACACAGCAGGACAAUUUUCAAAAUGAUUCCAGUUUGAUUAGAUGUCAGAAAAGGGUCUGAUUCAAUUUAAAACGAAACUUUGCGCAGCAGCUGCAUGCCAGGGGGUUUACGGCCCUAAUCUAAAUAUAGGUACUUAGUUAAAGCUCAGUGGAGCCCAUUUAGGUGAGAAAUAUAAAAACAGCCUUGUCUGCUGCACCACACCCAGAUGUGUUAACAGGGUACACCCACCUUCUGCAUGCUGACUUCAUGGCUCUAAAAACUCUCAACUUUUCCAACUAAGGAGGUUUAUGAUGGAGCAACUACUUUCCCCCUUGAGAUGCUUUUUGAUGCUAAAUAAAUCUAAUAUUAGAGUUAAUCAAGCUUUGUUAUUUUAACUUUAUAGUUCUGAUCCCUGUCCUAAAAAUCUUUGGGAUUCAUAUGCAUGAUUCCAGAUAUGAUGCAUUUCAUUUCAGGACAAAUGUAAUUUAGGUUUUGUUUUGCAAAAACACAAAAUUAUGGUCCGCAUUGUUUAGUUUGAACAAUUAGAUUUUUAUUCAGUCAGGAAAGUCAGUUUAAAAUAUCUGAUUUAUUUUAUUAGAAAGCUUUAUCUGGGUAGCUCUCGGGUCUAGUGUAGUUUGUAUCAUUAUGAUGUUUUACUGUGUUUGUCUUCGAAGGAUUACCCUUUGUUUGUGUAGUAGUGACAUUCCGUAAAAUUCCUCAUAACGCAGUCAGUGGAACGCUGACCACAGAUUUGACCUUUUUAUUGCCUUCUUGUUUGUCAUUCCCUGUUUGAAUGUUUAAAAAUGUGAUUAUGCUUGAACAUUUCCUUUAAAUAUUUACUACAAUGACGCUAUAUUAUAAUUCACCAUUUUUAAAAUCACUAGUGAUGCCAGAAGCUGCACGGAGUUCUUUGUAGCGGCCAGUGCUUGCUAGCUCAAUGAACCUGCGUCCCUUGUGAAAUGAAGCGGAGCUUCCUAUUGGCUGAUGCUCCUGUCAUUCUGAUCAACCCGCUACAGUAAUUGGCUCGAGGAAAACAUGGCUUUACAACGUUACUUCUAAUUGGUUGUUCUUAACGUCAGUUAACGACGUUACGUUGCCAGAAAGUGGUGAGCCCGACGGUCUCAGGAAGCUUCUGUUAUUUCGGAUUUUUUUGUGAUAAAAACGGGAGCGAACGCAGGAUUUUGGGGACAGCGUCACUGUGGAUGUUGGAAUAUUCUUGCAUUACUUAAGAUUGGCUACGGUCAGCGACAAAAGACUUUUGUUAUGAUUUGGCGUUGAUGUUGACCGUUCAGGUCCUUGUUUCUGACUUACUGGUGCCAUCAGCUGCCUAAAUAUUAGGCAAAAACGUGAAAAUAGGGUGCGUUAUUAUUUUUUUUAUUAUUUUCACCCCAUUUUGUGCUGGCGGUUCGCCAAUAAUUGACACUGGAGCAGGACACGGAGGAUAGUAUGGCCAUGACGGGAGGGACGGCAGCUGCCCUUCCCAUGAGCAACCACACCCGGGAGAGGGUGACCGUGGCCAAGCUGACGCUGGAAAACUUCUACAGCACUCUGCUCACGCAGCACGAGGAGCGGGAGACGAGGCAGAAGAAACUUGAGAAGGCCAUGGAUGAGGAGGGUUUACCAGAUGAGGAGAAAGUGAUGCGGCGCUCACAGCACGCUCGAAAGGAGACAGAGUUCCUGCGACUGAAGAGGACAAGGCUCGGUCUGGAUGACUUUGAGUCUCUUAAAGUUAUUGGGCGAGGUGCUUUUGGAGAAGUUCGUCUGGUUCAGAAAAAGGACACGGGUCACAUUUAUGCCAUGAAGAUUUUGAGGAAGGCGGACAUGCUGGAGAAAGAGCAGGUGGCUCACAUCAGAGCAGAGAGGGACAUCCUGGUGGAGGCGGACAGCGCCUGGGUGGUCAAGAUGUUCUACAGCUUCCAGGACAAGAGGAACCUCUACCUCAUCAUGGAGUUCCUGCCAGGAGGCGACAUGAUGACACUACUGAUGAAGAAGGACACGCUCUCCGAAGAGGCCACACAGUUCUACAUCGCAGAGACCGUCCUGGCCAUCGACUCCAUCCACCAGCUGGGCUUCAUCCACAGAGACAUCAAACCUGACAACCUGCUGCUGGACUCCAGGGGUCACGUGAAACUGUCAGAUUUUGGUCUGUGUACAGGACUGAAGAAGGCUCAUCGCACUGAGUUCUAUAGAAACCUGACACACAACCCGCCCAGCGAUUUCUCUUUUCAGAAUAUGAAUUCCAAGAGGAAAGCUGAGACUUGGAAAAAGAACCGAAGACAGUUGGCUUAUUCCACUGUGGGGACACCAGAUUACAUCGCUCCAGAGGUGUUCAUGCAGACCGGCUACAACAAGCUGUGUGACUGGUGGUCUCUGGGUGUCAUCAUGUAUGAAAUGCUUAUAGGUUAUCCUCCCUUCUGUUCCGAGACGCCACAGGAGACGUACAGAAAAGUUAUGAACUGGAAGGAAACUCUUGUCUUCCCACCUGAAGUUCCCAUCUCAGAGAAAGCCAAAGACCUUAUUUUAAGGUAUUGCACCGAUGCGGAGAACCGAGUUGGAGCUGCGAGUGUGGAGGAGAUCAAGAGCCAUGCUUUCUUUGAGUCGGUGGAUUGGGAGCACAUCAGGGAGCGGCCAGCAGCCAUUUCUAUUGAAAUCAAAAGUAUCGACGACACGUCAAACUUUGACGACUUCCCUGAAUCAGACAUCCUUCAGCCUGCCAACUCGACGGAACCCGACUUUAAAUCGAAAGACUGGGUCUUCCUGAACUACACGUACAAACGCUUCGAGGGUCUGACUCAGCGAGGCACCAUCCCCACGUACAUGAAGGCAGGAAAGGCCUGACACCCUCGCCUGGGUGGGGUGGGGGGGGGGGGGGGGUUGAUUACAGACAUUUUAUGGAGACAGGGUCGGGCUGCUAAGCCCCGCUGGUGCUGAAUGCUGUGCUGUCAGCGUCUCAGUCUCAACAUAACCCUCAUCACUGAGUUAUUUAGCUAGGACGUCAAAAGCUCAGAUAUUAAGGAGCGUUACCGCAUUACCUCGGCUGUUUUUGCAUCAUUUGUGUUGUUUUAGCCGUAGAUCACAGACCAGCUCACGAACUUAGACACCAGUUCAACAUAUCUGCAUGCUCAGCAACUUCUGGACCAUCUUUUAUUUAACCUUUGUUGACAGCUUGAAUCACGGCUUUACCAUCUUCUCAUUUAUAGUUCAUACACUGGUGUCUUUUUAGCUCGCGCGCUAAUUUCUUUUUAAGAGAACAGUAUCCCCUCGUCUGCUGAAGCCGCUAUGCUGUUGGGGGAAGUUCCAGCAUGAUUUAAGGUGCUGUUGAAUGUGUUGUUGCUGGUAGAGACUUGUUUUGAGCUUAUUCAAAAGUCCAGUCCAAAUAACCUCAGCAUCAGAUACAGACGGGCCGCAGGGAGAAGAAGCAGCUUACAGUGUGGUUAACGUGUGGAACGUUGAAUGAAAUGUUCUAGACAGCAGGUGGCUGCAGAACUAGAGUUAGACCGUAGAGAUGUAGAAUAGGUAGCAGAAAGACCUAUGGAGGCUGUUUGAUGCAACCAGUGGCAGAUCUAGGAAAUUUUACGUGUGGGGGGGUAAAGAAGGUAAGAAACGUCAAGGCAGGGUAGCAAUGAUGGACCUCAAUUUGUGAAAAUUCUCUUUAUGUAGUUAGAGUUAACAAAAUAUCCACAAGUAUAAAUGAAAAAAUCCAAUGUUCCACAAAAUAAAUGAAAAUAAAUUCAGAAAAAUAUCUUAACUCAUUCGCUGCCAGCCGUUUCCUGAUCGGUAAAGCCCUUCGCUGCCAGCGUUUCUCACCGUUUUCACGGUUUUUUAAAGAGUCGCAGAACGUUGCACGCUAGGAUGAUGUC